GCGUACGUUGUCGUUCGGCUGAGGAGAAAAUCAGUCGUCCGCGUUCGAACGCUGAUGUUGGGUAGCAAAUUAGUCGGAUAUGAACGUUGUAGAGCGAUCUAGAUAAACACUGCGCUCCUUCAUUUGCUCAAUUAGGCAAUCACAGCACUGCUCCAUUUCGUCCUCUGCGCUGUCUACUUCCAUCGCCCAAAAAUGUCCUAACACUGAAAUAAUCUCUCAAGUGUUGUUUUUUUAUUAUUUAAUCUGAUUGUUAUGGUGUUUGGGGUGUGGUGUUGUUAAUCAGCGGCAGGAUGGCGCGCCGCAUCGAGCCUUACGACGAGGAGAACGACGAGAUCGCCCAGGAGAAGAAGAAGAUCAAAGCGCGCAUGGCGGCCGAAGCGGCCGAGGAGGCCAAGAAGGCGGCGCUGGCCCCGCCCGCCCCCGCCACGGGCGGCGGUGGUCUGCCGCAUCCCGGCUCGGCGCAGCUGGAGGCCCUCAUGACCUGCUGCAUCUGCAUGGACCGCUUCCGGGUGCCCAAGAUGCUGCCCUGCCAGCACUCCUUCUGCGGUCACUGUCUCGAAGGACUGUACGACUGGGUCAAACGGCAGAUCAAGUGUCCGGAAUGCCGCACCGAGCACCACUGCUCCAACCCCGAAAACUACCCCACCAACCUAACCAUGGUGCGCUUCAUGGAGGUCCAUAUUGAGGCGAUGGGCGGGGAUCCCGGGGAAGCGAUGCAGGCGCCGCCUGUGCUGCAGCGUUGCACGGUUUGCGGCGACAACGCGGAGCUGAAAAACUGCGCCCACUGUGAUCGGAAAGUGUGCAACGACUGCCGCGACGGCCAUGCCGAGAUCCUCAAACGGGAACUGGGCCGGCUCAUUAACCAGGUCAAACGCGGAGUGUCGCGGCUGGAGGAAGCGGCCGGCUACAUUAAGCGCAACGAAGCCCAGCUGACCACCAACGCCAGCGCCAUUCGCGAGGAGAUCAAGGACAUGGUGGCGCGCUACAUCAAGGAGAUCCGCAACCGCGAGGAACUACUCCUGUCGCAGGUCAACAAUUUCCUGCAGACGGAGCAGCGCUCCAUGCAGCACAUGCAGGACAAUCUGGACGAGGAGGCAAAGUCCUUGAACGUGGCCAUGGAGGCCGCCAACAAACUGCUGGAGGAUCCGGCCUCCACUGUCGAAGACUUCAUGGCCGAGUCGGCCACCUUCAAGGACAAAUUUCAGAAGAGUCUGGACUUCCUGAAGAACUUCAGUCCCGACGCGCAGGAGUUCACCAAGAGUCUGCGCUUCAUCAAAGGUCAAUCGGAGCCGGAUCUACUGCACCAGUGCAUCCUGGCAUUCGGGGAGUUACACGUCAACACGAUGCAUUUCAACCGGUUUGUGACAAAUUCGGAGCGGAUGGCCACGCAGUUGAUUCAGAGCCAGUUUGAGGCGACACUGGCCGAGUAUAAGCGGCAGCAACAGGAACAAGCGGAGACCGCCGCCCAGCAGCAGCAACUGCAACAACAGCAGCCGGUGAAUCAACCGGCAAUCCAGCUGCCGCAGUUUCAGAGUGAAUACAUGACCCGACGCGCCGGGGAAGAUUUACGGGAGUACCGGGAUCGCCGCCUGGAAUCCUCGCCCUCCCGCUACAACACCACCGCCCUGGAGUUCCCCACCCGCAACGAAUACAUACGGGAGUCUAGCGCGCCGGCCUCGUAUCUGGCUCGGGUCAACCGCUUGACUACCGCGACGGACCCGAGCUCGACAACAGGCACCGACCCGGUGUUCACGCCCCGCAGCACCACCACCACGACCCCCACCACGGCCGUCGAGAACCCAGCGGCCCGCCGCCAGAAGUACAAGGACUCUAGAUCCCACACCGCGGACCUCGGAUUGCUGCGGGAGAGUGUGGAUGAGAGCGGCCGACGGGGAUCGGGCGGGGACACCGACAACGAGAUCGCCGACGCCCUGGCCGGACGGGGACGGUACGGCACCCGCCGGCUGGAGACGCAGGACAGUACGGAGAGCGUGUCGGGAGACGGGAGGCGUCGCUACCGUGGCGGCGCGAAGACCUCGGAACUGACGGACUUCGACACCAGCGCCACCCGUCUGUACCAACGCGACACAACGACCCCGGACACGGCCAGCGCCCGCUCCGGACGCGGCGGGUCCAGCGCCUGCGAAGUGGCCAUUGCCCGGCGGCGCCGGCGUUUCGGCAGUACCACGGCCGGGUCGCAGGACGACAGCACGCCGGCGGUAGUCGCCCCCACCACCACCAGCGCCCGCUCACCGUACAGCUCGGUGGCUAGUGCGGCGUCGGCGCUGCGGGAGACCAGCCCGGUGAACAACCGGCGGGCCCGGACGCCGCUGCUGAACAACGACUCCGACGAGGAGGACCGUGCGGAAAAAAUGCCAUACUACACGCGCUACCUAGCCAACAAGGCCAAGUCCCGCGAACAAUCGCCGACGGACGAGUACGGCGGGGGCGCCUCCUCGGGCCGGGAUCUGGGCGCUACCCGGGAUAGUGUCUACCUGCGCAAAGGGAGGAAUCCUACAAAGGUAGGUGCUCGGGGAACAGAGCCGGGCCAGCUAAACUGGCCGCGCGGUGUGGCCGUGACGCCGGAGAGCCGAAUCGCCGUGGCCGACUCAUCCAACCACAGGGUGAGUAUCUUCGACAUGUCGGGCACGUUCGUCAAGGCCUUCGGCACGUACGGCAGCGCACCCGGCGAGUUCGAUUGCUUGGCGGGCAUUGCGGUGGCGCCGGACGGGCGCAUCGUCGUCUCCGACCGCUACAACCACCGCGUCAGCAUCCACGACGCUGCCGGGCGGUUCAUCCACUCCUUCGGCAGCGAGGGCCACCUGGAGAACCAGUUCCAGUAUCCGUACGGACUGUGCAUCGGCGGCGGCUACAUCUACGUGUGCGACAAGGACAACGCCCGCGUCCAGAAAUUCACGCUGGACGGGCGGUUUGUGGGGAAGUUCGGGUCGGCCGGCGUGCGCGCCUCCUCCCUGAACAACCCGCACUACUGCGCGCUGUCGGCCACCGGCGACCGCAUCUUCAUCUCCGACAGCGGCAACAACCGCAUCGUCGUCUACGACGUGCGCGACAACAGCCAAGUCGCCACGAUCGCCAGCGAAGGCACCACGGACGGGAAACUGCAGUAUCCCCGCGGCCUCGCCGUCGACGAGAACGACUACAUCUUCGUCGGGGACGCCGGGAACAACCGCGUGCAGAUCUUCGGCAACCGCGACUACCGCUUCGUCUCCAGCUUCGGCUCCUGGGGCACCGUGCUGGGCGAGUUCAAGGGGCUGGAGGGCGUGGCCGUGUCGCCGGAUGGGCACAUUCUGGUCGUCGACCGCGACAACCACCGCAUCCAGAUCUUCUAGCCGUGACCUUUCUGUUUUUCUCUGUAUAGUCUUUUUACGGCACCAUCUAACGAUGACCUUUCUGUUUUUCUCUGUAAAGUCUUUGUACCGCUCUGUAUAAAUGUUUCUAAGCAAUAAUCUCACUUCCUGCUUCCUUGUUCCGACGCCUCCCGCCAAGUCCCGCCAAGCAAUCGCCGCCGCCGCACUCGCAGCGCCACCGGCACCCCGCCUGUGUGUUCGAGGUCGAGUAACGCUAGGGUAGUCUGUGUUUACGUAGAAUGCGCGGUUUGUAGGAGACGCGGCCGACUAACGACAUCCUGGCCGAGAUGAGCGACGCGCUGACGCGCGCCACCACCGCCACCAGCGGCAAAUAUUCCUCCGCCAACAGCGCCGCCCGGCCCGACGCCAACUACGGAUCCAGCAGCGGAUACAGCUA